CCCCUCUGUCGAGCUGUCAGUGACAGCGGCACACAUGAGCCUGGCACUGCUCACACUCUACACAUCCUCCGUGUUUAAUACCACAGAACAGGGACAUGACGGGGCACGGCAGGCCACUCAUCUCUGUCGAAUGAGGACAACCUGCAGGAGAAGUCGCUUGUUAUAAGCUGCUCAGUGUGCGCUGGAUCUGAUGCUAACUAAGACUAGCAUCUGAACGGAGCCUGUGCUGCUUUGUGCGGUGGAGUUAGCUGACGGCUAGCGAAGGUCGGGAGGACUCACGGUUAGCUACGGGAGAGAAGUCUCUUACCACAGAGCAUCAUCACAUGUUUAUUUAACCAGACCUGGCAGCUUUUUGUGGAAAUCCACCUAUAUUUUUUUGCUUAUCAUUAGACGGACCCCACGUACAACCAGCACGGCCGACUGAGCGUUUUUACUAUAUUAUCGUUACUGUUAGCUAUGUUGCUAAAGCUAACGCCAGUUCAGUGAGUCUUGCCGCGGCGAGGAAGGAAGAGAAGUGACUUAUGAUGUGGUCUGAGAGAAGUGGCAGACUGCCAGGCGAGGGAGAACAGCAGUGUUAGCUUCAAACUAUUCUCACAUCAUUUACAAGCGUGCCUGGCCUGUACAGCAAAGCCUGAAUGAAGAAAACAACCGGGACACUCCAAUUACGUGAAGGCUGAAUGUUCGUGGUUAUAACGCAGUCUUGAGCUGGUGGUCAGUGCGAACUGCGUUGGAGAAAUACUAUCUUGGCUCUUACAUUGAGUUUAGUCACUGUCUUCUGUAACUAUGGCAUCGGCGAGCAGCAUUGCAGCAACCAUUGCCAGUAAAACGAAGACCAAGAAAAAACACUUCGUUGCUCAGAAAGUGAAGCUCUUCCGCGCCAGCGACCCUCUGCUCAGCGUGCUGAUGUGGGGAGUCAACCACUCGAUAAAUGAACUGAGCCAUGUCCAGAUUCCUAUUAUGCUCAUGCCCGACGACUUCAAGGCCUUUUCCAAGAUUAAAGUGGACAACCACCUCUUCAACAAGGAGAAUAUGCCCAGCCAUUUCAAGUUCAAGGAAUACUGCCCCCUGGUGUUUCGAAACCUCAGAGAGCGCUUUGGCAUCGACGACCAGGACUUCUCGAACUCUUUGACCCGUAGUGCUCCUCUGAACAGCGAGGCACAGGGUAGGAGCGGCGCCCGCUUCCACACAUCCUACGACAAACGCUAUGUCAUCAAGACCAUCAGCAGUGAAGACGUGGCUGAGAUGCACAACAUCCUCAAGAAGUACCACCAGUUUAUCGUUGAAUGCCAUGGCAACACGCUGCUGCCUCAGUUUCUGGGGAUGUACAGGAUCACAGUCGACGGAGAUGAAACCUACAUGAUUGUCACGCGAAAUGUCUUCUCACAUCGCCUUUCUGUCUACAAGAAAUAUGACCUCAAGGGUUCAACUGUGGCACGAGAGGCCAGUGACAAGGAGAAGGCAAAGGAGUUGCCCACCUACAAGGACAAUGACUUCAUCAAUGAUGGUAUGAAGAUCUACAUUGAUGGAGAAAACAAGAAGAUGUUCCUGGAAAAGCUAAAGAAGGAUGUGGAGUUCCUGGCCCAGCUGAAGCUCAUGGACUACAGUCUGCUGGUGGGGAUCCAUGAUGUGGAGCGUGCGGAGCAGGAGGAGGUGGAGAGUGAGGAUAAUGAGGCAGAGGAGGAGGGAGAGAGUGAUGGAGGAGGUAUCGGGACCCCUCCAGACAGUCCCAGUAACACUCUAGACAGCACCAAGCCACUAGGGCCAGGAGAAUUUGACCCAGCCAUAGAUGUUUAUGCCAUCAAAAGCACUGACACAGGCGCGCCCAGGAAGGAGAUUUAUUUCAUGGCCAUCAUUGAUAUCCUACAACAUUAUGAUGCCAAGAAGAAAGCCGCUCACGCUGCAAAGACUGUCAAACACGGGGCUGGAGCAGAGAUUUCCACAGUGAACCCUGAGCAGUACUCCAAGAGGUUUUAUGAUUUCAUCACCACCAUCCUAUCAUAGCCUCUGUGUGCACAGAGCCACAGGGAGGGGGCAGACUGGCAGGGCAGUGGGUUUACUGUGAUAUGCACUCCCCUCCCUGGUGGUCUGGUCCCUUUCAAAGGAAUAUCACACUCUGCAGCUAAAACCAUCAUCAGUUUACAUGUAACCUGCUCUCUGUUAAGUUUGUUCAUGUUACUUUGGAGAAUAAGGGUGUUACAAGCAAGUGUCCAAGUCAUUGUGCAUUUUUUAUGCGUUUGUAUGCAAUUGUCAGUUUAUGUGGGAAUAUAGUAGCUUUUUAAAUUUGUAACAUCCAGUUCCCUUGGUUUUAUGGUUUAUACAGUAUGUUAAUGUGCUUUUCUGUUCGUUCAGGGGAGGUUGUUUAGGGGAGCUUCGCACAUGUGAGACGUGGCUUGAGCGUGAUUUUAAAACGUUUACGAAAUGCAACGCUUCGUUUCAGGGAGGCAGUCUUCCAAUAGGCCAACAGCCACUUCCCCCAAUCCAAAAAUACUCAAAGAGCUCAGCCAAAACAAAUCUUCCCAUUUAUACCUUUACUUUUGUAAUUGAGCCUGGAUUCAUCUUGCCACAUUCACUUUCAAUAAUCUUUCCUCGAAUUGUAAUUUAUUUGUAAGCACUUGCUGCACCUGUUGUUUUUGCACCGUGUUUUACAAAUUGUUUAAAGAUUUACAGUACAUGUUUACAUCAGUCAAAGAGGGAUCGCUUUUAGUUGUGCUCAGAUGUUCAGUAGUUGUCAAACCCAACCUUUGUGUGGCAGAUGUCCAGGGCUUUCCGUGGCUAAGUCCUCAUCCAAUCAUCAGCAGCUCUUUCUUUUGCCAUCAGCACCUUACGAAUCAAACAUUUGCACUUUCUUUUGUUGUUAGAGGUUAGGAGUCCUUGUUCUGUUACAUGCGCUGCAACAAAAAGGCAAACAGCUCUUAGAAAAACAGCACUGUGCAAAAGUCAAGAGAGGGCUAUUAAAUAUACAGUAGGUGUAUGAAAGUAAAGAUGACAAAAAUCUAUCUUUAUCUAUUACAACAUUUCCAAGUGAUCUCAAAAUCUUAAAAAAAAAAAAAAAAAAAAAAUAGAUAACAGGCAAAAAAUCCAUUGAUUCACUGUCCCACAAAACACACAUUUUUCACAAGAGUGGAAAAUUACUCAAACAAAUAAAAAAUAUUACACUAUUCAAAAUUGUUUCAAAUCCAUUCAAGCAUUAAUUUAAACAGACGUAAAAUUGUAAUGCAUUUUAAAUUUACCAAAAAAAAAUCUUUUUUUUUUUUUCUUUUACUAAUUAUUUUAAAAGUCAGUCUUCAUCAGAGCAUUUUACACCUCUCUAAACUUGCACAGUACUGUUACGUUACAAGCCUGCUUUAAAACCUUUUGACUUUGACACCAGGCUGUGGUGACUAUGCAUGUAAUUUCAGGGCUGAAGUUUACCUCCGGCAUCGUACCAGCACACACACGGUAGUUCUAGUUGGUGUGUGCGUCAGUGUUCAAAAUGGAGGAGGAGGAAUGUUUUUAAAAAUCUUUGCAGGUCAUUUACUAACGCCGUCAACUUCUCUAACCUCACAUCUUGUUUUUUCAUUGUGUGUUUUUGAUGUCAUUUUACAGUGGUUUUACCUGUGUUUGGAAUUUGGCAGUUAAUGAAUUUAUAUGGUAAAAUGUCUGUGUUUUUCUGUUCAUUAUAUUUUAUGUAUAUUUUGCACAAUAGGAAAAGGAACCAAAUGUUACGAAUAAGAUCUUGACGAGUUGAUACGGUCUUAACAAGGGAAAUGCAAUAUACUUGUGUGAGUGUGUGUGACUGAUGUUGUGUAUCAAUGCCCGAUAACCAACUAAAACAAAUAAUCACUUUUCAUUGACUGUUUAUUCAAAAAGCUUCCAUUAUAAUAUGUUUAGAUGUAUAAAAAAUAUAUUCACAUUUAUAUUUUUACAUUGGUCAUUAAUAUAAUUCUAUUUAAAAAGGAGCCACUUUUCUGGAUGAGUGUUUGUGCUGUGUUCAAUGAAGUUUGAAUUUUUACAGCUUAAUAUAGGUGUAAACAAAACAAAAAAAUAUUAAAAAAUGCAUGUGCUUUUUGCCCUAUUUCUGGUUGUUGUUCAGAUGUCCACGUGUUGUUAAUUAUUCUCUAUACCACGCUUUAAAUAACUGUUUUCAUUGUAUACACUGUGCAACAUGUGUGCCUUUAUACUCCAAAAUUAUUUAAUUUUCUACUUCUUUUUUUAAAACAAAGAUAAAUGUUAUUUUUAAAGUUUUCUCUUUUUUUUCCCUUUUUGUGCCGUUUUCGUUCUUUUGCUCCUAUGUAUAUUUGUUGUCGUGUCAGUAGAAUAAUACCAUACUGAUAAUGAUUGUUAAAACAAAUAGCUUUUUGGAGAUUGGCGGCUUGUAAAAUUGAAAUAUUAAAUGUGUUGAGGCCCCCCGGUCAAGACAUAUUAAUAUUAUUAAUCAUGUUUUGUUGAUGCUAGUCCUGCCUUUGUCUGAACUUGUGGAGUGUGAGUGUUGUAGUUGUUUUACUUUAUUUUAUUUUUUACUGUGUUUGUAUUUUCCAAACUAACCAUUUUAAGGGAUUUGUUGCCAUUUCUUUUAGCUGGCUGACAACAAAUGCAGCCGUACAUUUCUUUAUUUUUUUUGUUAAUGGUUGUAAUGUCUUGACUUGAUGUGAAUGUUUUUUUUCCCCAUUCGUCUCGCAAAAUCAGUGGUUAGUUGGUUCACAUGCUGCACUGCUUUACUGGUUGUAGCUUCUCUUGUCACAGUUGAAAAAUACAUGAUUACACAUGCUUUGUACGCUCACUUGGCAAAACACUCAAUGGUUAUUUUUAGUUAUAUUCUGGAAGCAAAUGGGAGGGGAAGUCCAUACUUAACAAAUGAAAUGCUACACAAUGUUUUUGCUGCUGUACAUACAAAACCAAGCUUUUUUGUGACUGUGUGCUCUGUCACCAUAGUCUUUGUUGUCAACCUGUUGCCACAAAACCUGCCAAAACAAAAGUACCCACAAAUUGUCUCACUAUGAGCCGAAUGAACAGUGUGUAUUGUAUAUUUCAACUUUUAACUUUCUGGGUAAAAUGACACCUCCUGCAUCCCUUUCAUGUGAACAUGUCUACAGUAACAAGCUAUCACAGACAGACGUUUAGUUUUAAUGGAAAUUCAUUCUACUUUUUGGAAGCCACAUAUGGAACUGCAGGUCUGGGUAUGGCCUUAUUAACCACAUUGUAGCAUAAAAUAUAUGAAUUGGAGAGAUGCAGGCCUAAACCAGCAGCUGAAGUGCCCUGUGGGGUUCCCAAAUGUCCCCAGCUUAUGUUAUCUGUGUGCGUGUGUAUGUGCGAGUGUUUGACGUGGCUGGUGGUGUUGAGAGAAUUCCGUUCUGUGGCAAAGAGGCCAAAAUGAUGUUGUAUGUUUAUUGUUCAUCACAUGUAAUGAUAAAAGAUAAUACACUCCAUUCCAUAAGCGUUCUCUCAAACCAAUAAAAGCACUUGUUCAGCUUAACUCAA